UGUGCCACUUUCAGGUCUCCUCACACACUGCUGGUGUGUUCAAUUUUUUGUCAUAGGGUGCUGGCAGAUUACGGGCCUCCUAUAGCUGCUGCCAGGCCCCUAAUCUGCCAUGGGCCCCUAUACCGCCUCCUCAUGCUGCUGCCAGGUCCACAGUCUCUCAUGGGUCCCUGUACGGCCUCCCAUUGCUGCUGUCUCCAUCGCCACACUCUGCCAUGUGCCACUUUCAGGUCUCCUCACACUCCUGCUGGUUUCCAUUUUGUCAUAGGUUGCUGUAUGGCCUCCCAUUGCUGCUGCCUCCACCGCCACACUGUGGCUCCAAACACUGGUUUUGGCCCCGUGACUGGCCAAAUGAGUGAAGUGUGCGGUGAUUCUAAGAUCGACGGCACUCAUCUGCAUGUCAUACUGAGUGACAGUAUUAUUUCUCUUCCCCAGCAGACUCCAAGGGCAUUUAAAUUAAAGGUACAGUGUUCUGCACUAAUAUUA